UGCCCCCCGGCUAUGGGGGGGUCACAGCCUUCACCUACCGUCGUAGGGGUGCUUUGGGGGUCAGGGACCCUGCCCCCCGGCUAUGGGGGGGUCACAGCCUUCACCUACCGUCGUAGGGGUGCUUUGGGGGUCAGGGACCCUGCCCCCCGGCUAUGGGGGGGUCACAGCCUUCACCUACCGUCGUAGGGGUGCUUUGGGGGUCAGGGACCCUGCCCCCCGGCUAUGGGGGGGUCACAGCCUUCACCUACCGUCGUAGGGGUGCUUUGGGGGUCAGGGACCCUGCCCCCCGGCUAUGGGGGGGUCACAGCCUUCACCUACCGUCGUAGGGGUGCUUUGGGGGUCAGGGACCCUGCCCCCCGGCUAUGGGGGGGUCACAGCCUUCACCUACCGUCGUAGGGGUGCUUUGGGGGUCAGGGACCCUGCCCCCCGGCUAUGGGGGGGUCACAGCCUUCACCUACCGUCGUAGGGGUGCUUUGGGGGUCAGGGACCCUGCCCCCCGGCUAUGGGGGGGUCACAGCCUUCACCUACCGUCGUAGGGGUGCUUUGGGGGUCAGGGACCCUGCCCCCCGGCUAUGGGGGGUCACAGCCUGUCAGCCCCCCCCCCCCCAAACCCUUCUCCUGCGCAGACCCUGCAGCGAUGUGCCGGUCGGGUGGUGACCACCAGCAUCCAGCGGGCACAACGUGGCACCGCUGCGGCCGCUGCCACGGGGCACGUGCCCGGUUGGACGGGGCAGGAGAGCCUGGCUGAGAGCGACCCCGAGAUGUGGAACCUGCUCCAGAAGGAGAAGGAUCGGCAGUGCCGGGGGCUGGAGCUCAUCGCCUCUGAGGUCUCCUGUGGGGCAGGGUGGGAGGUGGUGGGGCUGGCAGGGGAAACGGCCCCCCCCCAACCUCAGUAACCACCUCCCUUCUCCCCCAGGUACUACGGGGGGGCCGAGGUGGUGGAUCAGAUAGAGCUGCUGUGCGAGCAGCGGGCUCUGGAGGCCUUCGACCUGGAUCCGGCCCGGUGGGGUGUCAACGUUCAGCCCUAUUCGGGGUCUCCAGCCAACUUCGCGGCCUACACGGCCCUGCUGCAGCCCCACGACCGACUCAUGGGGCUGGACCUGCCCGACGGGGGCCACCUCACACACGGCUACAUGUCAGAUGUCAAGAGGAUCUCGGCAACGUCCAUCUUCUUCGAGUCCAUGCCCUACAAACUUGACCCGGCCACGGGGCUGAUUGACUAUGACCAGCUGGAGGUGACGGCGCGGCUCUUCCGUCCUCGCCUCGUCAUCGCCGGCACCAGCGCCUACGCCCGCCUCAUCGACUACGCUCGCAUCAAGAAGGUGUGCGAGGAGGUGAAGGCCUACCUGCUGGCAGACAUGGCGCACAUCAGCGGGCUGGUGGCAGCCAAGGCCAUCCCUUCGCCCUUCGAGCACGCGGACGUGGUCACCAGCACCACGCACAAGACCUUGCGUGGUGCCAGGUCAGGACUGAUCUUCUACCGCAAGGGCGUGCGCUGGGUGGACAAGAAGACGGGGAAGGAGACACUCUAUGACCUGGAGGACAAGGUCAACUUUGCUGUCUUCCCCUCCCUGCAAGGGGGGCCCCACAACCACGCCAUCGCCGCCGUGGCCGUGGCCCUCAAACAGGCCAGCUCGCCAGCUUUCCACCAGUACUGCCAGCAGGUGCUGAGGAACGCCAAGGCCAUGGCACAGGCCCUGCUCCAGCGCGGGUACACCCUGGUGUCAGGUGGCACUGACAAUCACCUGGUGCUGGUGGACCUGAGGCCCAAAGGCAUCGACGGGGCACGGGCCGAGCGGGUGUUGGAGCUCGUCUCCAUCACGGCCAACAAGAACACGUGUCCAGGGGACAAGAGCGCGCUCACGCCGGGGGGGCUGCGCCUGGGUGCCCCCGCCCUGACGUCCCGCCACUUCCGUGAGGAGGAUUUCCAGAAGGUGGUGGCUUUCAUCGACGAGGGCAUCACGCUGGCCCUGGACGUCAAGAGCAAAACCAGUGAGUGA